UGAAGGUUGCGAUCGCGCGCAAGAGCUCCGCGAUCAACCCCCAAUUUUUGAAAUCAAGAGGCACUGCGCUAGCUAGUCCUCGCAACAACCGCCAAGAUGUCGAACAAGCAAGGAAAGAUGGCCGGUUACAUUAACUGGCGGAUGCGGGUUACCCUUAACGAUGGCAGGGCAAUGACCGGUCAGAUGCUUGCCUUUGACAAGCACAUGAACCUCGUCCUCGCCGACACCGAAGAGUUCCGACGCGUCAAGCGCAAGCAGAACAAGCCUGCUGCCCCUGGCGCGAGUGGUUCCGCGACGCAAACCAUCGAGUCGGAGGAGAAGCGAACUCUAGGUCUCACCAUCGUCCGAGGCGCUCACAUCAUCUCCCUCUCCGUCGAGUCGCCUCCCCCCGCCGACCCUAGCGCUCGACUUGGAAAGAGUGCCCCUGGUGGAAUCUCUUCAGCUCUGGCGGCUGGCCCUGGUGUCGCUCGCCCUGCUGGCAGAGGAGCUGCGCCUCCUUCUUUGGCCGGCCCUGCUGCCGGCGUUGGUGGUGCUCCCCCUCCUGGCUUCCCUGGCUUCCCCGGUGGCCCUGGAUUCCCAGGUGGUCGAGGUGCACCCCCUCCCGGAUUCCCUGGAAACUUUCCUCCCCCUCCAGCUGGAUUCCCCGGAAACCCUCAGUUCCCGCCUCCCGGCUUCAACCCUGGCGGUCCCCCUCCUCCUGGAUUCCAGCCCUCUUCGAGAAGAUAGGUUAUGUAGGCGCUGGAUACCUAGGGUAAACUUAAUGAUCUGAGAGGACGGACACGGACAUUGCGAUACCGUCACCAAGGACGAAAGAACGUCUGGCUUGCCCUCCGAAUCAGAGAACCGUGGGCGCAGGAAGAGAUGUCGAGAUUAUGAGUUUGGGUCAUACAAAAAUACCUUUUUACGGAGCACAUGAGGCGCAUUCAUGGUGUAAGGGACUCGGGAGGUUUCGUUUCGUUUCAUGGUGAUGAGAUGAUCAAGUAUAUGAGUGACGGGCUACACGCCUAGAUGAUUAUUUGAAUACAGGAGACACCUCCUAUAUGACAUCCUGUGAAGACGUUGAGAAAUCGAUCAAGUCAAGCUUGCUAGUGCUGACUAAUGCUUGACUACCU